CACACACACACACAGACACAUAAAGACAACCAGACUGGUGUGUGGUUCCCACCACGUCUAGUUUAGACCAGGUAGUGCAGCCUUGUUAGGGGCUAUAAGACAGAUAGACAGGUGUGUGGUUCCCACCACGUCUGGUUUAGACCAGGUAGUGCAGCCUUGUUAGGGGCUAUAAGACAGAUAGACAGGUGUGUCGUUCCCACCACGUCUAGUUUAGACCAGGUAGUGCAGCCUUGUUAGGGGCUAUAAGACAGAUAGACAGGUGUGUGAUUCCCACCAUAUCUAGUUUAGACCAGGUAGUGCAGCCUUGUUAGGGGCUAUAAGACAGAUAGACAGGUGUGUGAUUCCCACCAUAUCUAGUUUAGGCCAGGUAGUACAGCCUUGUUAGGGGCUAUAAGACAGACAGACACACAGCACAGUCCACCACUACCCACUCUUCAGGAUGAAGGUAUGACUUUACUAUUAACACUAAUAUGAUAUGUACCAUAUCCAUGCAAAGUAAGUGGAUAAUUCAAAACAUUUUACUGUACCGUUUUAAAAGUUGCCUGAAUGUUCUGUGAGGUUAUGUGUGGGUCUAAAGUUAUCUGAAUGUUAUGAGAGGUUACGUGUGGGUCUAAAGUUGUCUGAAUGUUAUGUGAGGUUAUGUGUGGGUCUAAAGUUGUCUGAAUGUUAUGUGAGGUUAUGUGUGGGUCUAAAGUUGUUUGAAUGUUAUGAGAGGUUAUGUGUGAGUCUAAAGUUGUCUGAAUGUUAUGAGAGGUUACGUGUGGGUCUAAAGUUAUCUGAAUGUUAUGUGAGGUUAUGUGUGGGUAUAAAGUUAUCUGAAUAUUAUGUGAGGUUACGUGUGGGUCUAAAGUUGUCUGAAUGUUAUGAGAGGUUACAUGUGGAUCUAAAGUUGUCUGGGAUGUUAUGAGAGGUUAUGUGUGGAUCUAAAGUUAUCUGAAUGUUAUGAGAGGUUACAUGUGGAUCUAAAGUUGUCUGGGAUGUUAUGAGAGGUUAUGUGUGUAUCUCUACUCUGGGUUGUUUUGCUGCAUGUACUGCACUGAUAGCGUUGAACAGUGAAGUAAAUGUUGUUUUAAUGUUUUUUUUAAUGUUGUUUGAAUGUUGUGUGAAUGUUUUCACUGUCUCUGUCUCCCAGGUCUUUUUGCUCCUGUCUCUGCUGGCUCCUGUAGCCGUCCUCUCUCAGUUCUACCUCCCUCAGGACUGUGAUGACAUCUAUCAACAUGACAACACCACACCCAGUGGGGUGUACACCAUCUACCCUGGAGGUCCCACCACCCCCUUACAUGUCUACUGUGACAUGAACACGGAUGGAGGGAGGUGGACUGUGUUCCAGAGGAGAAUGGAUGGAACAGAGAAUUUCUACAGACCCUGGGCACACUACAAAUCUGGCUUUGGGAAUGUGGCUGGAGAGUACUGGCUGGGUCUGGACAACAUCUUCCUCCUGACGAUGAGGAAGAAGAAUGAGCUGAGAGUGGACAUGGAGGACUUUGAGGGAGGGAAAGUUUAUGCUAAAUACACGUCCUUCUCCAUUGAUCCUGAGAACUACGGAUACACACUGAGACUGGGCAGUUAUGUAGACGGAGGGGCAGGGGACUCCAUGUCGCAUAGCAAUGGCAUGAAGUUCAGCACCUACGACAAAGACCAGGAUACCUGGGGAGACCACUGUGCCAGGCGCCACCUGGGUGGAUUCUGGUACGGUGCCUGUACGCAUGCUAACCCUAACGCCCUGUACGCCCCACAUCAGGGAACUUCUUUCACUCAUGUGCCUGUUUAUUGGCAGCACUGGAAAGGGGUAAACUACUCUCUGAAAAGCAUUUCCUUUAAGAUCAGGGCUGUCUCUGAUGCUGUGGCUGUCCAGGAGCAACACACCUGACUCUAUCAGUCCUGACCUAAUGUCACCAUCUCUAAAUGACUACACAAAUACAAUAUGGAGGAGGGGGCACCAGAGCUAGCCAGACAGACACUGACACCUAGAGAACAAUAUGAUCACUACGUCAUCACUAUAACACUGACACCUAGAGAACAAUACAUCAUCACUAUAACACUAACACCUAGAGAACAAUACGGUCACUUCAUCAUCACUAUUAUUGUCAUCUUGGAUGUUAGUGUUUCAUGUUAUAACAGCAUGAUGGGCUCUCUGUCUCUUAUAUGGUCACUACAUCAUCACUAUUAUUGUCAUCUUGGAUGUUAGUGUUUCAUGUUAUAACAGCACGAUGGGCUCUCUGUCUCUUAUAUGGUCACUACAUCAUCACUAUUAUUAUCAUCUUGGAUGUUAGUGUUUCAUGUUAUAACAGCAUGACGGGCUCUCUGUCUCUUAUAUGGUCACUACAUCAUCACUAUUAUUAUCAUCUUGGAUGUUAGUGUUUCAUGUUAUAACAGCACGAUGGGCUCUCUGUCUCUUAUAUGGUCACUACAUCAUCACUAUUAGUAUCAUCUUGGAUGUUGGUGUUCCAUGUUAUAACAGCAUGAUGGGCUCUCUGUCUCUUAUAUGGUCACUACAUCAUCACUAUUAUUAUCAUCUUGGAUGUUAAAGUAGUGUUUCAUGUUAUAACAGCACGAUGGGCUCUCUGUCUCUUGAUUCCACUGUUACUUGACUCAAAUAAUAACUAAAGCAUUUCAAAGACAAAUUCACUGCAUUCUGUCUUUUUAUUUACUGUAUGUACGCAUGCAUUUAUUUAUUAUAAUCAAUCAGUAUGGAUGGCUGAAUGUGUCAAAGUCAAGGUUGUAACAUGAUCUUAGAGUUUUCAUUGCAAAAUGGUUGUGUGCAUCCAUUAUCAUCUUCAUCAUCAUCAUAUUCAUCAUCAUCAUAUUCAUCAUCAUCAUAUUCAUCAUCAUCAUAUUCAUCAUCAUAUUCAUGAUCAUCAUCAUCAUCAUCAUCAUCAUCAUCAUCAUCAUCAUCAUCAUCAUAUUCAUCAUCAUCAUCAUCAUAUUCAUCAUAUUCACCAUCAUCAUAUUCAUCAUAUUCAUCAUCAUCAUCAUCAUCAUCAUCAUCAUAUUCAUAUUCAUCAU